CCUCUUCUCUCCUCUGAACCUUCAGCCGCAUCCGCUCUCCCGGCCCUGGUCCUGGCACCAUGAGCUUCGGCUCGGAGCACUACCUGUGCGCCUCCUCCUACCGCAAGGUGUUUGGAGAUGGCUCUCGCCUAUCCUCGCGCCUCUCCAGCGCCGGGGGCGCGGGCAGCUUCCGCUCGCAGUCGUUGUCCCGCUGCAAUGUGGCCUCCUCCGCCGCCUGCUCCUCGGCCUCGUCGCUGGGCCUGGGCCUAGCCUACCGCCGGCCGCCGGCGUCCGACGGGCUGGACCUGAGUCAGGCGGCGGCGCGCACCAAUGAGUACAAGAUCAUCCGCACCAACGAGAAGGAGCAGCUGCAGGGCCUCAACGACCGCUUCGCUGUGUUCAUCGAGAAGGUGCACCAGCUGGAGACGCAGAACCGCGCGCUCGAGGCCGAGCUGGCCGCGCUGCGGCAGCGCCACGCCGAACCGUCUCGCGUCGGCGAGCUCUUCCAGCGCGAGCUGCGCGACCUGCGCGCGCAGCUGGAGGAGGCGAGCUCGGCGCGCGCGCAGGCCCUGCUGGAGCGCGACGGGCUGGCCGAGGAGGUGCAGCGGCUUCGGGCGCGCUGUGAGGAGGAGAGCCGAGGGCGCGAAGGCGCGGAGCGCGCCCUGAAGGCGCAGCAGCGCGAUGUGGACGGCGCCACGCUCGCCCGCCUGGACCUAGAGAAGAAGGUGGAGUCGCUGCUGGACGAGCUGGCCUUCGUGCGCCAGGUGCACGACGAGGAGGUGGCCGAGCUGCUGGCCACGCUGCAGGCGUCGUCGCAGGCCGCGGCUGAGGUGGACGUGGCUGUGGCCAAACCAGACCUGAGUUCGGCGCUGAGGGAGAUCCGCGCCCAGUAUGAAUCCCUGGCUGCGAAGAACCUCCAGUCAGCCGAAGAGUGGUACAAGUCCAAGUUUGCCAACCUGAACGAGCAGGCAGCGCGCAGCACCGAAGCCAUCCGGGCAAGCCGUGAGGAGAUUCAUGAGUACCGGCGCCAGCUGCAGGCCCGCACCAUCGAGAUCGAGGGGCUGCGUGGGGCCAAUGAGUCCCUGGAGAGGCAGAUCCUGGAGCUGGAGGAGCGGCACAGUGCAGAGGUGGCUAGCUACCAGGAUAGCAUCGGGCAGCUGGAGAAUGAUCUGAGGAACACCAAGAGUGAGAUGGCUCGCCACCUUCGGGAAUACCAGGACUUGCUCAAUGUCAAAAUGGCUCUUGAUAUUGAGAUUGCAGCUUACAGGAAACUGCUGGAAGGUGAAGAGACACGUUUUAGCACCGGUGGAUUGAGCAUUUCAGGGCUGAAUCCACCUCCCAAUCCAGGUUAUCUGCUCCCACCUAGAAUCCUCAGUUCUACAACCUCCAAAGUCUCAUCCACUGGGCUGUCUCUUAAGAAAGAGGAGGAGGAGGAGGAAGAGGCUUCUAAGGUGGCCUCUAAGAAAACCUCCCAGAUAGGGGAAAGUUUUGAAGAAAUAUUGGAGGAGACGGUCAUAUCUACUAAGAAAACCGAGAAAUCAAAUAUAGAAGAAAGUACCACUUCAAGCCAAAAAAUAUAAUUCUGAUGCUUAAAAGAAGUUAAUGCUUAGGAGGGGAUAAUAUGCAUUUGACUUGUUAAAGAGCCUAUUCCUGAACCAAAACACCUGUCACCACUACAAAAUGUCUUCAAGGCUUCAGUCUCCUAUUUAGCAUUGAGUCCUCACUUUCUCUAAUAACAAAAGCACCCCUUAGGUUGGAGCAAACUGCAGUCCUAGCACAAUCACAGACGAGUUAUCUAAGAAUUCCGCUUUCUCACCUAAAGCUCAGGCUUCACAGCAUUAGAUGAUUCAGGUACAGAGGAAGUACAAAUUAAGGUGCUAAAUCUGUGAUCGUCGUCAUUUGCUGUGAAUUGAAAUUAAAACUUAUAUUUGCUCAGUAUACCCAGACAACACCCUGCUAUAUAGUCUCACUCUAGGUACGUAAAACAUAAGAUCACUGCCAAAGAUACACCAAUGGUCCACAUCCAACACCACUCUGACAAAACUGCUUCACAAGUGAUAGGUGGUUGUUUAAUGGACACUUCCUCCCACCUCUCACAAUUCCUUGUAUCCUUUUCUUCCAUUCAGGAAAAAAGAAAAAAAAAAAGGCGAGUAUAGUAUUCUUCCCUCUUAAACACAUUUAGGUUCUUCUCAAAAGAACGUACCCCCUUUAGCUCUCUUUGUUCAAUGGGUAAAUUAGAUGCAUGUUGACCAUUCAUGGAAUGACUUCUUCCUGCCCAUUUCAUGCCCUUCCAAUUCUAGAAGGAAAACAAAGAAAAAGCCGUGAUAAGUUUUAAGGGUUGCCCCAACAAAUACAAUAAUGAAAAGAGUCCCUAGAUUUUAGGCUUUCAGCUUAUUCAAAUCCAUUUAAUUAGGGGGAAAAAAGGUACUUUAUUAAGAAUGUAGCUGUUCACUUUAACUUUAGAAACACAUUUAUAGUGCCCCAAGCUGUGAUUAAGCUGACCUUAGAUUUAGUAGUAUACGCUAGAAGAGGUGAGUAUUUGUGUGGAUGGGAAAAGCCAAGGUCUCAUUGAUCUGUGUCAGUUCAUUUGUGGUGAUCUAGAAUUAGCUGUUUCGUGCCCUUACCCUUAGAGCCCACUUAUCCCCCUUGCCACAGUCUAGGUCCGAAAAAGGGCUUGCUUUUACUCUCCUAUGCCUUUUAAGAGUGCUAAGUGUAAUUAAGUUAAUCCCCAGAACACAGUGCUACUGCCCAAAAGUAAAAGAAAUCACCUCUGGUCAAUCAACACCACCAGCAAGCAUAAAAAAUAAAUCUUUCUCUUGUCUAAUAAAAGAGUCCUGCCCAACAGUUUUCCCAUUGCUGCGUGGUUGGUGAGGUCUCCCUUCCCUACUGGAGAGGCAGUGAUGCCUAUACUAGAGAAGGGGUACAUAUGCUCCUACUCAUGUGCUAGGAAGUACAUUCUGGAGAGUCAGCUUUUCAUCUGCCCAACUGUGUAGCAGCCGCAUUGCCCCAUCUCCCACAUACAUGUGCCAAGUUUGAUGUCAGGCUAAUUCUCUGUCUGCAGUCACUUCCACCAGACCUUAAGAGUUGCCAGGUCUCUGUCACACACCUCCAUUCACAGCAGAAAGGACGUGAUGCUUUUACUAAACUUUCUUAUCCUAGUACCUGCUUCAGGGGCUCAAGGAACUGGAAAGAUACUUUCUCUUCUUCCUUUCCCUCACUCCAUCCCUCUCUUUACUUCUCAUACUUCCUGUAAAACAUUAGUAAGAUAAGAAUUAAAAGUCACACGAAUCCCACCAA